AUGGAGUCCACCAAGCUCUCCGCGCUGCUGGUGCUCGCCAUGCUCGCGCUCUCCUCGUCCCCGCUCGCUCUCGCGUGGGAGAAGGCGGAACCGGAGUGCCACUCGUGCGAGUCCGGCUCACCACCCUCAACCGGCGGCCCCCUGCCCCCUAUCAGCAUACCGUCAGUCCCCCUGCCGCCUGUCAGUAUACCGUCGUUGCCCCUGCCGCCUGUUACCGAACUGCCACCGGUCACCCUCCCUCCCAUUCCGAUCAUCGGAGGAAGCCCGCCGAAGAAGGGCCACCGGAAGGCGUGCCCGCCGCCUCCGUCUCCCCCGACGCCGACGCCGACGCCGACGCCGUCCUCGGACAAGUGCCCCAUCGACGCGCUGAAGCUCGGCGCGUGCGUGGACGUUCUCGGCAACGAGGUGCACAUCGGUGACGCCAACGUCAAGUGCUGCCCGCUCGUGAAGGGCAUCGCCGGGCUCUCCGCGGCGGCGUGCCUGUGCACCGCCAUCAAGGCCAAGGUGCUGGACAUCUCCGUCUACGUGCCCAUCGCGCUGGAGGUGCUCGUCAACUGCGGCUGCGCCGUCCCGCCAGGCUACAAAUGCACUUAA